UUCAAUCCUACCAGAAAAGAGAACAUGCGAUGAAGCCAUUGUAUGUGGGCCCACAUCCGCUGGACAGAGUGAAAAGAACUUCCAAUCUGGACGGAAGGUCGUUGCUAUUCAUUCCAUUUGCUUGCUCGCUUCAUAAAAAUCCAAUAAUCAUCGUUUUCAACGGCUGCUUUCUUUUUAAUUGUUUAAAUGCCUCGCGCGCAUGUUUUCUGUUCUUUAACUGUGGCAACGCAGGAAAUAUCCAACCAUCCAAAGAGUUUGCAACACCUCGGCCUAAGAAAUACAAAAGCUCGUCAAUGACCUCAUUUAAUUUAAGAAGAGGGUUGUUUUUUGAUUCUUAAUUAUCGUGAUGGUGAAAUGGAGACCCAAUAUAAGAGGAGGAUUGUGUCAGAUGAUCGCUCAGAAUUUCUCUAAAGAAAUUUUAAGUUUCAGUGUGGAAGGGCAUUGGGAGUUGCUUCUGAUCAGGAAAACUCUUAUUUUGUUUAAAUUUUACCAAUGCAAGUCAAAAGUUUAUUGUGUUUCCUGAUUUCAUGCAUGUGUUCAAGCACCAUAUUUUGUAAGGGUGAUGGCAGAACUCAGAACUGGAUGCCAGACACUCAAAACUGGCCUCAAAAAGGUCAAACAAAAGGGGCCCCUCUAGGAGGUUGGGACGACGAAGUGGCCAAUCCAUGGAAAGGGGGUGCAGACAGUGGAUGGAGACUGGAGGACACAAUUCCGGGAGUGCCAGGGCAGAGUUAUCCCAACUUCGACAAGAUUCCGGAAACUAGUUUUGACUGCAGGGACCAACAAGGACCCGGUUACUACGGAGAUGUCGAAUCACACUGUCAGGUCUUCCACAUUUGCCAGGCAGGAGGUCGCCAGAACACAUUUCUUUGCCCAGUCGGAACUCUCUUCAAUCAGGAGAUGUUUGUGUGUGAUUGGUGGUUCAACGUGAACUGCGCAGAAACUUCCAUGCAUUACGGUAGAAACACCAAUCUUUUCAGAUCCCCACAGAUUGGAAUAGAUGGCUCAAAAAUAGCAGUAUCUCGAAUGCAAAUCAGUUCUAAAGGAUCUGCUAAUCCACCAAAAGUUGGCAUUCCAACUUGGGAUUCCCAAAGCAAAGCAGGUGGUAACUGGGAUGGCAGAUCUCAAAGUCCUCAACAGCAUGGAACUAGCAAAGGAAGCAAUUGGUCGCAAAGUCCUCAACAGAGUACAGGACAACAACAAGGAAUAAGGAAAGGAGGUAGUUGGCCACAAAGCCAUCAACAAAGAAUGAGGCAACAACAAGGAACUGGCAAAGGAAGUGGCUGGCAAAAAAUGCCAAGACAACAGCAAGCUACUGGCAAAAGCUGGCCACAAAGUUCUGGGCAACAACAAGGAGUUCAGAAAGGAGCUGGCUGGUCUCAAGGAGGAAACAGAAGAAUUGCUGGCCAGAAGACAACUCCACCAAGAAAGGCAUCUUUAAAAGGAGAUAUGUGGCAAGGCGGGAGCCAAGCACCUUUACCCAAUUCUGGGUGGGGCAACAGAAUGCCAAAAAAAGGCAAUACUAUUAAAAGCCAAAAAGGAAUUGCUAGCAGUCAAGGACUUCACGGAACAUUACGUACGUCUACCAAUCAAGGGUUCAAAGAACAUAACAGAAAUCCAGGACAACAACAACGGUCAAACAUUAGAUCUGGAACCUUCGGAUCUAGUAAUAAGGGACAGGUGAAUUCACUCCAACGAACUGCAUCAAGUGCAGCCUUUAAAGCCAACAGUUGGAGCAUCGGAUCAGAAAAUUUCCAGAAUCCAAACAGAGAUGGUUGGUUUCACCAGUCGCCCAAUAUAGCUUUCCAAGACGCCAGAGGACCCGACAGUAAGCUAUGGCAAGAUGAUGGCGCACACUUUUCUGGAGACAUUCAAAGAGGACCUGAUUUUAAAGGAGGCAAUCCGAAUACCAACGGAAGAUAUGCUUCAGCUGAAGCCAUAGGAAAUUUUGUGGAAUAUUCAGCGAAUGAACCAAACGCGUUGAAUAACUUUGGCGAAGAAGACUAUGGCCAAAGAAGACAAAAUUUGCUGCCUGAUAGCGAAGAAACGUGGAAAGGAGACACACUUCAUAAUUCUAAUUACGAUUAUGAUUAUGGAUGGAAUGGUUAAAUAACUUUCCACUCAAAAUAUUUAUCUCAAAGUAACUUUUAAGACAAAUACGUGAAAAGAAUAUAGGACCUCCAUAAUCGUUAGUCAUCUGUCAUACUGGCUCGAGUACAUGACGAUGUUUUUUCUCGCGAAAGCAUUUCUGGGAACUAUAUCCGUGUUUAUAUGUGCAGCCAAACGUUUGAAAAAUGCAUCUAUAUAUCCAACUACGUUCUGAUCGUCAAUUUUGAAGAAUUUGAAACAAAAAAAAAAAAAAAAAAAAAUACGGUUAUUUUAAUUUUAAAGCUUAUGCAUUAAACUUCACAAAGCUACUUUUAUUCACCGGCUGUUAGAAGAAAAAUAAUGACUGUUCUUCUUCUAAGCCGUGAAUCGGAAUUUCCUGUUUAAGAACCACGAAGUUGGUGUCUGAAGGUAUACAGACUACUCUAAAUAACUUUAAAAUGAGAAUUUUUCAUUUGAAUACUUUUGGUGAUGUUCAAAAGAUGAGUUUGAACCUUCCUAUUUGCUAUUAAGUUAUCGGGAACAAGAUUAGUUUUGCAGUUAAAUUUUCAUGCUUGGCAACAUUUUCUACCCCUUCUGUUUGCUUUGUCUUCCAUUAAAAGUACUUUUUGAAAAACUUGAUUUUUUUUUCAGCUUUAUUGUUACAAAGAAAACUUUAACUUAAAAUAUUACUGUAGUAAUUUCAUGAAGUAUUGUGAAUUAAAUGGGCUCAAACUUUAGGUUUAGGUACAGAUCUAAAUUUUUUUUCAGAUAACUUUGUAAAUGAAAAGAGAGAAAUUUUUCAAAAAAUAGCUAACGCAUAUACUUAAAC